AUGGUUAGUGAUCCAGGACUUGAUAUCCACCGCGGCACACCCAAAGAGCCGAAUAAUGGGCUGAAUGCUCUUCACUUGGCAUCCAAAGAGGGUCACCUUCCAAUUGUCCGACUUCUACUUGAUCAUCACGCUUCCAUUGAUGCCAAGACAAACCGAGGCAACACAGCCCUCCACAUUGCCAGUCUCGCUGGACGAUUUGAAAUUAUUAAACUCCUUGUUGAACGUGGAGCCGAUGUCAAUGCCAGAUCGCAGAAUGGAUUUACACCACUUUACAUGGCCGCUCAAGAAAAUCAUUUAAACAUUGUGGAGUACCUUCUAAAUAACGGAGCCGAUCAAUCCUUGGCAACUGAUGAUGGUUUCACUCCGUUGGCAGUUGCACUUCAACUAUGCCAUGACGGAGUUGUUUCGAUGCUUCUGGAACGAGAUUCAGGUGGGAAAGGUCGACUUCCAGCACUCCACGUCGCAGCCAAGAAAGAUGAUGUCCACGCGGUAUCACUCCUACUUUCAAACAAUGACGUGAAUGUGAACCACGCCUCAACACGUGGUUUCACGCCCCUACAUAUCGCGGCUCGGUAUGGUAAUUUGAAGGUCGCUCGUCUUUUUACUAGCAACGGAGCCGACGACAGCAUAACGCCACUUCAUCUUGCUGCUAAAUGGGGUAAAGCGGAAAUGGCCCAACUCCUGAUCGAUAAAGGCGCUCAAUUGGACGCACGAACACGAGACGGUUUGACACCCAUGCACACUGCUGCUCGAUCUGGACACACGAAUGUUGUCCAGAUUCUACUCAAUGCUGGAGCCAGCAUUACGGCCAAAACGAGGAACGGUCUCUCUCCCCUCCACAUGGCUGCUCAGAGUGAUCACGCAGAUACUGCCAAACUCCUCCUUAAGAGAGGAUCACCACCUGACGACGUAACAAUGGACUACCUAACGCCUUUGCAUAUCGCCUCCCAUUGUGGAAAUACGAAGGUCGCGCAAGUUCUCUUGGAGCACAAGUGUGAUCCCAACCUUCGUGCAUUUAAUGGAUUCACGCCUCUUCACGUUGCUUGCAAGAAAAUGAAAGUCAAAAUUGUUGAACUCCUUCUCAAGAAGGGUGCCAAUGUCGAUGCUACUACACAGGCUGGUUUGACACCACUGCAUGCAGCAGCUUUCGUGGGGUGUGCAGAAGCAGUGAAAAUGCUACUUCAACGCGGAGCCAAUGGGAAUCAGGUGACUAUGCGUGGCGAAACACCUCUGCAUUUUGCUGUUCGUGGUCGACACAUCGAUACAAUCAAGAUUCUCCUCAAACAUUCAGCAUCAGUAAACGCUAAAGCCAAAGUGAGCAACUUGCUAUAUGGAGAGUGCAUACACUCUGUGCAUUAA